GACGCGCGGCGAUUGGGCGAGCGAGGAGCUAAACUGUGCUGUACAGUAAAAAGACAAGACACCGAGCACAAAAACAACAGCUGCGGCCGCAUGAGGCCAACUAAAGACACACUCGCACUUUCCUGUAGCACACUAUAAAGACUUCGGAUGUCACGAUGGCUGCAAACUUCACUAUUUCCAGCGACAGCGACUCAGAGCCACCAGAGGAGGUAGAGGAAGGACAAAACAACCAGCCAUCAACUGGGGAAGAGCAGCAGCUUCCGCAACGCCACACUCUCACCCUACCUGACCUCCGAAUGGCAGGGACAGGUCGAAUCAGGGUGAACUCAGAGUCCCACGCCUCCAAUGUGUCCAGAGAUGAGGAGCUCCAGGCUAGGGGGGAAGAUGAGGCUGGCACGCCUACUGAUGGAGCUCCAUUCAGGGGACGGUCCAAGUCGGCUCCCCCUGCCUUGUGGGCAGCCAAGAAAUAUGGCCGGCAGCUCCGGAGGAUGAGUGACGAGUUUGACAGCCUGCUAGAUAAAGGGGAAAUGAAGAAGGCGAGGAAUGCUGGGACGGCCAAACAGAUGCCCCACUCUAGAAGCUGGUGGAGCUACCUCUUUAGUCACCAGGAGACAGAGGGAGAGAACAACCUUCAUGAAAACCACACACAUCGCACUGAGUAGGCACUGAGAGAGGAAAAAGGGUGCUACAGGGUUUGAGGGGUUGAUGGGGAUCAGAGGAGAGCAGUGGGGAAGCCAAGGAAACAAUAGCAAUGAGAACAAUUAGACCUGCUCUGAGAAGGAACAGUAGAAAGAUUGGGUUUAUCAAAAAAGAGAAAGGUCCAAACACAAAGGCAUGGCUAAGUCAUGUCAUUUUUCUACGUCAUUGGUAACUACAUUUAACUAAUUUUUUUGUAUUUGUGUUGGUUGUGAUGUUAUUCUUGGGCAGCCCACUAUGAAAGGUUAAAAGUCAGGCAUGAAGAUGGACUGUUGGCUAACCGAACCCCAUAGAACGGAUCAAAACGACGGUCCAAGAGAGGAGAGAGGAUGUCUUCAAAAGGCAAAGAAAGACUAGCAUAUGAGUGGAUUUGAGAGGCGACCUCUCAGUUAAAAGAUACUUACCGUUUCAGUUGUCUCUCCCAUCAAAGCGAUGCAAUAUACUGUGGAUGGAGGGAUAAAUGCACUGAAAUCAAAUCACCUGAGGCCACCUUGAAUGCUGUUAGAAUUUCCUUCCUCGUUUCCUUGGGGAAGUCACAAACGUCACUGUGUUCCUAAUGCUUGUUCAGCUUCAAGUGUUUGUGCUUCGCUAACACAAACUAAUGGAGAUCACUGUAAUUGUGUGCCAAAGUAAUCUGCAGGCAACAGAGGAAAGAGUGUAAAAAGGAAGGAUUUUUUAAAGUAUUCAACCCGGGCCUCUAUCCAGCUUCCUGUUCUGCUACCUGCAAGCCAGUACCACAACUUAAACAGCUGCACUGAACUGUUAACUGCUUUAUAUCUCAAAUUCAUCAAAAGAAGAACAAUCUUGUACAAGGACAAUCUCUGAUGAUGCAGAAAUAAUAUCUUUUAUAAAAUUUCAGGGUUAGAUUCUAUCUGAAGAAAAUGACAUUAAACGUACAUAUAAAAGCACAAACCAAUAUGAAUCUAUCUUUUUAAUGCCUUGGAUGAGCAAAGAAAAAAAAAAAAACAGACUUUGGAAUUUUUAUGUGUAAAUAUUUUGUUGAUAGUUUAUCAAAUGGGUAUAGGUUACAAGCUAUGUGGUUUAGCCAGAAUUUUAUUUUACAAGUUCCUAUUUUCCAAGGUUACCAUGCUAUUUAAUAAGUCUGGCCAACCUAGCAAUAGGCAGUGUACAAUCCAUGGCUAUUGUGAUAAAUGUUAUGUGCAUAUAAGAUGUGUGUGGGGAUCAAUGAACUGCUGUACAAGGAGCCAACACUAGCCUUUGGCUUCAUUUACUCAGUACCCAGUGCAUUAAGAACAUGGAUUUAGAGAGUGUAGUCACAUUCAAAACAAGUGUGAGGGAUUUAAACUAGAUUUUUCCAAACUAUUUGCAGUUUGCUGAGUGAAAUCAGUUCCCAGUCCUGCCGGAUUUCGAAAACAAUUCGUUUAAAUGUGGGUCGUUCACUUUUAUCUGCAUUGGGAUGUGAAUAAAAUGGGAUCGUUAUCUAUCAAGCCCGAGGUCUAGCGCUGCUGAUCUGAUGCCAGAAUCAGUGCUGAUCUGAUGUCAGGCACAUAUUACACACAAUGUGAAGUGUAUGGAAGUUAUUACUCAUAUUAAUGAUUAUAAAGUAGGAUCAGCACUUCUACACUGCUUGGUAAAUAUGAUUAGGCUACUCGUGACUUGUUCAUCAAUAUGUGAUUUAUUGAAAAUGGUAAUAGGUUUGUUCUACUUGUGUCUUAUUCUCUUCCUCUCAGCUUGCGGGGUUGAGUUGUGAAGUGCUCGGGUGUGCAGGCUAAGGGGCUGCAUUUGUAUUGUCUUUAAACUGAAGCUUUUGUUCCUCCUUUUUUUUAAUACCUUUUACGUAACUCGGUUAAGGACAGUUUUUAAAUCAGAAGUCGAGACAAUCCGAACGGCACCACCUUUUUUUCUGAUUCAUUCCAGUCUAACGUGUUUCGGUAACAUUUGCAGCGCCAUGACUGUGUAAGAUGAGUCGACUGCAACGAUUUGGUGAUCCUGUUAAAUUUGAUUAGCAUCUGGUAUAAAGCUCCCAACGUGGUUAAUACAGUUAGACUACGCUGUUACAUUACAACUGCUUUCUCCUCGAAGAAGAAGGAAUUCUACCAUUCUGUGAUAUAAGAUCAGGGAACAGGGAUAUUGGGAAUAAGUUUACUUUGUUUACAUUUGAGCAAGUCAGUCCCAGUAGACCUGUACCUGUACGUUGACACAAGUAGUCCAGUUGAAUCAGCUGGUCGAGAAUAUUUAUGUACAUGGUGUUGAGAGCUUGGGGCCAGAUAUGAAUGCUUUACUCUCUUGAAAAUAAAGCUGAGCAGGAACAUAAUUUUGUUCUGAGCUGCCUUGAACAUGCUGUAACCUGUGAUGUGGCGCCGCAUAGCCAGCCUUGUCCGUUUGCUCAAUUACCGCCUUAAACUUUACAGCUUGCUGUCACAUAUUACGCUCAAGAAAGGAGAAAAAAAAAAAAUAAAGCACAAUAAUGUGGAGGUGUGUUUGCUGUCACAACUGA